AUCGGUCGAUCAGUCAUGAUCGAAGGCAACUUUCUUUAAUUCUAGGCUCGUCUGUUCUGACUUGCAUGUCCGUCUCUGAAGCUGGAGGCUUUGAAUAUCCCGCGUAGAACCAGUAACAUGACCAACGUCUUGCCAGCGAAGAAUGAACAAUACGGAACAAAGGAAUACUGGGAUGAACGAUACAGUCAAGAGUCGGAAGAAGAUUCGUUUGACUGGUUCAAGACUUAUGCGGAUAUCGCGGAUAUCAUUCGAGAGCUUGUCCCUGACAAAAAUGCGAGAAUCUUGAUGCUUGGCUGCGGAAAUUCGACACUUUCGGAAGAGAUGUAUGACGAUGGUUACAAGAAUAUCGUGAAUACCGAUUACUCAGAUAUUCUUAUCAAGAAGAUGCGUCACAAGCACCAGCAACUUAGGCCUGAAAUGCAAUGGCUAGAAAUGGAUGUUCGAGACUUAAAGUUUGAGUCUGGGUCAUUCGACUUCGCGCUAGACAAGGGAACAAUGGACGCUAUGAUGACCACCAAAGGCGAUGUCUGGGACCCAUCUGAGGAUGUCGUGGAAAGCUGCAACAAAGAAGUUGACGAAGUACUACGUGUCAUCAGGAAUGGCGGAAUAUUCCUUUAUCUGACUUUCGGUCAACCUCACUUCCGGAAACGAUACCUGACAAGACCGGGUACGACGCUGGAGAUACGGCAGCUGGGCGAAGCGUUCCAUUACUAUUUGUACAUAGUCAGACGUCGAGAGUAGAUUUUCAGUCGAAGCUCUGGAGUGAUUAACCCAUUAGUAACGAAGGCUCUGAUUCGCCAUUGAAUAAUUUACGAUCCAAUCAUGUCUAGUAUCUACACAUCUAAGAGUCCAUGAGUCUACGCAUGAACAGAUAAAACAGACAAACGACGUGUACUGUAAUUCUAUAAAUAUCUAAAGGUAAC